GCUGUAAACUGAAAGGAGAGUGAUAAAACCACUUGCUGCUCUUUACUUUGCAGAUAUUAAGGAGGAGGUUGAGAUAGUUUCUUGCAUGUCCUGUGAAUGUCAAAAUAUAUUUUGGAGGAGCUAAAAGAAGACCAGGGAAUAUGGUAUUCACAUUUGCUUUCAUGGAACCCAACCAGUCUUUCCUUGGAAAUAGAAAUAAACUCUGGCAAGAGAUCUUCCCUAAAUAGGAAAGAAGCCAUUAAAGGAUUUCCUCCUCCUCCUCUGUGCUCAAACUCUACUGAUCUCUCAUUCCAUGAAGAUGAUUCGGUGGAAGAAGAAACUCUGUCAGCAGUAUUACCUGUGGACCCUGGGCUUCUAUUUGCUGCUGGCCACUGUUGCUCUGAGACUUUCUCUCAGAUCGAAGUGUGACUUUGAUUUCCUGGAUCUGGAGUCCAGGCACGUUCAAAGCAAGCACUGUAGGGACAUCUUGUAUAAGUCCCUGAAGUUGCCAGCAAAGAGAUCCAUCAACUGUUCUGGAAUCAUCCAAGGGGACCAGGAAGCAGUGACCAAGGCUCUCCUGGACAAGCUGGAGGUCAAGAAGAAGCGGGAGCCUUACACAGACAGCGAUUACCUCAACAUGACCAGAGACUGUGUGCACUUUAAGGCCAAAAGGAAGUUCAUACAGUACACACUCAGCAAAGAAGAGUUAGACUUCCCUAUUGCAUACUCUAUGGUGGUCCAUGAGAAAAUUGAAAACUUUGAAAGGCUGCUGAGGGCCUUGUAUGCCCCUCAGAACAUAUAUUGUGUCCACGUGGAUGAGAAGUCUCCGGAAACUUUCAAAGAGGCAGUCAAGGCAAUUAUUUCAUGCUUCCAAAAUGUCUUCAUGGCCAGUAAGUUGGUUCGGGUGGUUUAUGCCUCCUGGUCCAGGGUGCAGGCUGAUCUUAACUGUAUGGAAGACUUGCUCCAGAGCUCAGUGCCAUGGAAAUACUUCCUGAAUACCUGCGGAACAGACUUUCCUAUUAAGACCAAUGCUGAGAUGGUCCAGGCCCUCAAGAUGUUGAAGGGGAAGAACAAUAUGGAGUCAGAGAUACCUACUGAGUUUAAAAAAUCUCGCUGGAAAUAUCGCUAUGUGGUGACAGACACCAUACACAUGACCAGCAAGAUGAAGGACCCUCCUCCUGAUAAUUUACCUAUGUUCACUGGGAAUGCCUAUAUUGUGGCUUCUCGAGCCUUUGUCCAACACGUCAUAGAGAACCCCAAAUCCCAACAACUGAUCGAAUGGGCAAAAGACACUUAUAGCCCCGAUGAACACCUCUGGGCCACUCUUCAGCGUACACCCUGGAUGCCUGGCUCUGUUCCCUACCACCCCAAAUAUCACUUCUCAGACAUGGCCUCCAUUGCCAGGCUGGUCAAGUGGCAGAACCAUGAAGGAGAUGUCAGUAUGGGGGCACCUUAUGCACCUUGCUCUGGAAUCCACCAGCGGGCUAUCUGUGUUUAUGGAGCUGGGGACUUGCAUUGGAUUCUUCAGAACCAUCAUCUGUUGGCCAACAAGUUUGACCCUAAGGUGGACGAUAAUGUUCUUCAGUGCCUAGAAGAAUACUUACGUUAUAAGGCCAUCUAUGGGAUUGAACUCUUAGAUACAUUAUGAGAGAAUUGCUACCUGCGGGGCAGGAACACGUGCAAACAUGCCCAGAACGUGCUGGGACAGCAUAGGGUGGGAGACCAGGGCUCAAUUCCGUGGCACCCUCCGGGGAAAGGGGCUGCUGCUGGAGUGGGGGUAAGUAGAUCUGCUGCCUCGCAAAUUACUGCCCUGGACAAACACUGACUCUUUUCUCACCCCACUCCCAACAGCCCCUUUGCUGACUUUCUCACAGAAAAUGAGAAUGAAAACUAGUUAUUUAGAGUCAGGGAGGGAAGUAUGUAUGGCAGGGGGCUCUGGAUUUUAUUAGUUAAAUGCUCGGUUUCCAGCUUUCCCAUUCGGAGGAGAUGCUGUUCCUAAUAAUUCUAGGCUUGGUAGUAUGGUGGGGGUAGGGAGUUAGAUGGAAAGAGGGCCUUCUCGUUUGUAAUUUUAAAAUAAAUAGUUCUUGAUUCAAAGCCCUACCUCUACUUUUUGUCUGGUAAACCAGAAAUAAAAGUGUGAGCCUUUUUCUCAUAACUAUUGGUGACAUUUAAAAAUCCCUGGUGGAUGGCAAGACACUCUCCAUUAUUCUUGAAUGAUCAUGGCAUGCUAUAUAAAGAGCUAAUUUAAAAGAAUAUAGAGGAACAGAGCUGAUGCUUUUAUUUUUGAAAACCUUCCUCAUUUUGUUUACAUUGCCAGAUUCAUAACUUUUCUGUAUGGGAAAAGGCAGGGCAAUUUAACCAAUUUGACCACCCUAUCCUUAAGAGAAAAUUACUGCCCUAAUUUUGCAGCUUCACAGCCAAAGUUUAACAUUUCAUAACAAAGAUAAUAGCUCUUUUAGGUAACCACAUAAUUAAUUGUCCAAACUGGAACAUACUCAGGGUGUGUGUGUGUGUGUGUGUGUGUGUGUGUGCGUGCGCGCGCGUGUGCGCAUGCAUGUGUGUAUGUGUGUGUUGGGGGGCGGCAAGCAAAAAUUAAACUAGGAUUGCUUAGCUAAACCAGGAAGUCUGGUUAUUCCACAUUUAGGUCUCUUGAGACAAAACUUUUAAGUAUGUGAAUGGAAGGGUCACUAUUUGUGGUUCUUUGACUUAUAGUUUCUUUGUGGGGAAGAUACAAAGAAAUUAUGUGUGUAUUUACCUCCCCUUCCUCUGAAUGUUACCCAGUGAGACUUGAAGCUCCAGAGAUAAUUGUGAAACAAUUGGAAGGCAGUUGCUAUUAGUAACACUCUUCUGUGAUAGGCAAAGGAUACUAUAUAAAAAGAUAGGCAUAUCUUGUAUCUAGUAUAAUUUAUCUUCUGCACAUAAUCAUGCUUUGGAAAAGUGAUUUAUAUACAAAUUCAUGUAAUUUGAAUGCUGUUCCCAUUAAUGUCAUAAUGUGUUUCUUCACUUCUGAUUAUGAUUCAAUUACGUUUUCUCUUACAAUCAGCUUUUCCUGCAACCCAUGUACUCUGACAUAGUUAUCAUUGUGUCUGACGCAGUGAAUUUUCCACUUACAAGUUAGUGUUGCUUUUUGUACAAUAUUCCUUUGGUAAUGGGUGUUGCCACCACCAACUUCCCUGUGUCAUAAUAUGGAGUCCUGUUCACCUAGCUCUCAGCCCCACCACGAAGAUGACCGAUGAACAGUCACAUGCUCUGCAGAUGAGCCGCUGGAAGGACUGUUCCCAGCAACAUGGACCUCUCCAUCU